ACGAGCUUCUCAGUGUGCGAAGUGCCGCCGUAGCAAGAGGAUGUGUUUUAUCGCUUGUCCUUCACUUCAGUGAAAGAAGACAGAGAAAUUAGACUUGUGCUGGAUUUCUACGUCGUUUUCAACUGUUAUCCGGUACUUAACGGCAUUUCCAGGCUAAUUCAGCGGCUGACAAAUGAACGCACACCAUGACAUCCCGUAAAAACUUGGCCAUCACGUUAACGAUAAUACUGGGAACUUUCACAAUUAACACGCACGCCAGAUCGUGGGAUUUGGCGAUAGCGGUAGGACAAGAAGUGAAUUUUUACGCGCAAAACAAGACGCUAAUAGGACAAGCAAAAUUGGCGGAUGCUGUGUCCCUAGGCGGGGUGGCAUAUGAUGAUACCACACGAACAAUGUAUUUCAGUGAUCCGCAAAACACAAACGUGUCCAUAUUUAGUAACGACUUGACAGACAAGAAUUUCACAUCGAAACCGUUAGUUAAAAGAUUAAACGGCAGUUACAUCAAAGGACUUGCCUUCGACACGAAGACGCGAACCCUGUUCUGGAGCGACGCCUCGAGAGAGAGAAUUAUGAAGAUGCACGUGCCAUUAGACGGUCCGCCAGAAGAGCCGACGUUGCUACACAAUUUGCCGCACCAGAGUCCGAACGGCAUCGCUCUGGAUAUAUGUAACAGUCACAUAUACUGGGUAAAUAGCAAUAAGACGAAUUCGAAUAUCCAGCGGUCGAAUUUAGACGGAAGCGAUCAUAUGAUCGUGCUCGAACAUCUGGAGGAAGCUAUAUCCGUCGCUAUAGAUCAUUACGCGAACAAGCUCUACUGGACCGACGACGUUGAGGGUACACAUUUCAAAAUCGAGCGCAGCAAUCUCGACGGCACUGAACGAGAAUUGAUGGUCCAGGCGAUUCGCCAGCAUCCGAUUUACUUAGCAGUAGAUCAAAACUCGAUAUACUGGUCCGAUGUAGUGCACAAAGCUGUGUGGACAUCGCCAAAUAAGAACAAAACCGUUGAUGUGCCUAGCACGACACAGACGUACUUCGCGCUCUAUAAAACACAUCCAGGCGGAAUCGUAGCGCGUGAUAACGUCGGUACGGUAGAUUGCGCAGCGAUCGCGAGGAUCAGACAGAAGGCCAGCCAAACUAUAGGGUCGUAUAAUAAUUUGACAACCAGUACGGAGGAAUCGGAACUGACCACCGAGACGUUCAAGUACUGCUUAAACGACGGACACGUGAACGACAAAAAUGGCAACUGUCAGUGCAAGUCUGGGUUCAUUGGCACAAAUUGUGAGAUAGAUCUUUGUCACAAUUACUGCAUCCAAGGCAACUGCAGCAUAAAUAGUGAUGGAUUACCAAUGUGUAAGUGCAAUAAGACAUUUGUUGGACCAAGGUGUGAAACAAACCCAUGUAAAGACUAUUGCUUACAUGAUGGUCAGUGUUCUAUUCAAAAUGAGAAACCAGUUUGUAAAUGUAAAUAUUCAGAGGGAUCUCGUUGUGAGAGUUUAAGCAAUACUACUGUGCUUUGUGAAAUAUUUUGUGCAAACACUGAGUCAGUUCCUACCAGUGUAGCUACUGCUACAUGCAGGUGUGCAGAAGAAAGGAAAGGAUUUGCACAAAUGGUCACGUUUAGAGAGAACGAUGAAUACGGAACGUUGCUACCGAUCUUUAGCGCGUUCGUUUGCGUGCUUGUUCUCGUGAUAAUUGUACUUAGUUACUACGUGAAUAAAUUCCGAAGACGACCACGUAUCAAAAAACGUUUCGUUGUCAGUAAAGGUGGUGUGACGCCACUCACUUCUCGGCCACAGCUGCCAGAUAAUCAAUGUGAAAUAACAAUAGAGAACUGCUGCAACAUGAAUAUCUGUGAAACUCCAUGUUUCGAACCGAAAUUAUGUACCGCACCGCCGGGAACUAAUGGUACUAAGAAAGAAGAGAAGAAUUCGUUGCUCGAUAAUAUGGAGGAGAAUUCGUGGUAGCAUAGACUAAUAUUUCGACGUGUCGAUUGGCGAAGAUUUUGUGGACUUAACGUGAAGUCUGUGGAAAGUUUAGGUUCGCGAGACUGCAUGUCUGUACAUACCGCAGAAUGCUGUAGUAUUAUUGUUAUGUUUAGUACCGAUGCUUACAAAAUUUACGGAGACACCGUAACGAUACAGUCAAGAAAAAGGAAGCUAAAAGUCUUUUCGAGGACUCUUAAUUUUUAUUAUGUCAUCUAAUAUGUAGGGCUGUGUUCAUGUAACGAUUAUUUCAUCUAGCUGUUAAAGGGUUAUCAAUCUUUUUUAAAGAUAUACAAUUAUAUAUUUUUCAUAAGAGAACAGGAAAUCUUCAGU